GCAUAUUCAUAGGUUCUAUUCCCUUUUCUAACACCACCCCCACUUGGUUAUAAAUACUCAAUAUCUUCCCAAGUAUUGUUCAAAGCACUCAGCAGUUACUGCAAUCAACUGCACUAUUUGGUGCAGUUGCUCCUGAACCACAGGGAUGAGCUAUCCCCCUCCAUCCAUGAGCUCUGGUAGCAGAAGUUCAAGGAGGACAAUGGAAUUCGGGAGGACCUAUGUGGUGAGGCCGAAAGGGAGACACCAGGCCACAAUUGUUUGGCUGCAUGGCCUCGGCGAUAAUGGCUCUAGCUGGUCCCAGGUUUUGGACUCACUUCCUCUUCCAAAUAUAAAGUGGAUUUGCCCUACUGCUCCUACUCGUCCUGUGACGUUGCUAGGGGGAUUUUCCUGCACUGCAUGGUUUGACGUUGGGGAGCUUUCAGAAGAUGGUCCGGAUGACUGGGAAAAUUUGGAUGCUUCAGCAGCCCACAUUGCAAACUUGCUGUCAACCGAACCAGCUGACGUUAAAGUCGGGAUCGGAGGCUUCAGUAUGGGUGCGGCAACGGCCCUCUACUCUGCAGUUUGUUGGGCAUUGGGUAAAUACGGGAAUGGCUAUCCUUACCCAGUCAACUUAAGGACAGUGGUUGGUCUCAGUGGGUGGCUCCCUGCUUCAAGGAGCUUGAGGAGUAAGAUUGAAGGGUCCAGUGAGGCUGCAAGAAGAGCUGCAUUCUUGCCAAUUUUGCUCUAUCACGGAACAUGUGAUGACUUAGUCCCUUAUAACUAUGGAGAGCGGUCGGCUCGCUACUUGAGCUCUGCGGGAUUCCGUUAUCUUACAUUCAAAUCCUUCGACGGAAUUGGCCACUACACGGUGCCUAGGGAGAUGAGCGAUCUCUCCAACUGGAUCACUGCGAGGCUGGGGCUCGAAGGAUCUCGUUCAUAAUUUCAGAGUGAAUUCUCAGUUAGAGAGAGAGAGAGAGAGAGUAGUAAGUAGAGAAUAGUCACUCUUUACAUUUUCUUGUGCCUUGUUCUGGAAAUAAAAGUUUUCAAAGUGUUCAUGCCAUGAUCUCCUAAUGAAGCAUCUUCUAUUCUCAUGCAAUCACAAUCUUGAACAAAGAUACUUGGUGAAUGUAGCUUGAAAUGAGUCGGAUCAUCUUUCAGUCGACCAUGAUGCAUCUGGAACCGAAGCCAUGUCAUGGAAGAAUCAUCUACUGAUGAGUGAUAACUCUCUGGACCUGUCCAGAAACUUGAAUUGGAGUCAAAAACUGGUCCGGGCAAGAUGAACUCCAACUCUUUAAACAUCAAACCACUGCUAGUCUCGAGUCAAUCUUGAUGAUCUCUCCUAUUCAAGUCUUAGGCCAGUAACCGUUCUCAUAUUUGUGCUGCCCACAUCAAAAUCCUGUUACAUUUGAAUCAACAGACCUAGUGAUCUCCACCUGUGGAAAUUCAGAAUCUUCACCACAUACAAGUUACAGAAAAUCCUCAAAGGCCAUGAAAGUUUGUUGAACUCUAAUAACUCUGGUACAUGAAACCUCCAAGCAC